CUACUGCAAAACCACCCCCAUCCCUCUACAAUUAGGGCUAGCUAAUCCUCAUCCAGCUUAUAUAGUUAUCACUCACAAUCCGUCUUUCGCCUACAUUUUGUUCUCUGAUCGAAUCUCCUGUUACAAGCGAAGCAGCCAGUUCUCUCACUCGAUCGGAAGCUAUGGUGGUGAAGGUGAAUAAGGCUGAGAAGAAGAUAGCUUAUGACUCCAAGAUCUGCAAGCUUCUGGAUACGUACUCCCAGAUUCUCGUCGUCUCCGUCGACAAUGUCGGCUCCAAGCAGAUCCAGGACAUACGCGCCGGCCUCCGUGGCGAUUCGGUCAUUCUCAUGGGUAAGAACACCCUGAUGAAGCGCUCCAUCCGCGUUCACGCCGAGAAGACCGGCAACUCUGCCAUUCUCGCCCUCGUUCCUCAUCUCGUCAACAAUGUGGGGUUGAUCUUCACUAAAGGAGAUCUGAAAGAAGUAAGCGAUGAAGUUUCCAAAUACAAGGUUGGGGCACCGGCAAGGGUUGGUCUGGUUGCUCCGUGUGAUGUGGUGGUUCAACCGGGAAGCACCGGACUUGAUCCUUCCAAUACCAGUUUCUUUCAGGUGUUGAACAUCGCAACAAAGAUCAACAAAGGUACGGUGGAAAUCAUAACCCCAGUGGAUCUAAUCAAGAAGGGGGAUAAGGUGGGAUCAUCCGAGUCAGCUCUUCUCGCAAAGCUGGGCAUCAAGCCGUUCUCUUACGGACUGGUGGUGGAGCAUGUGUAUGAGAAUGGGUCUGUGUUCAGCCCGGCGGUUCUUGAGCUGACCGAAGAUGAUCUGGUCCAGCGGUUUGCUGCCGGGUUGACCAAUGUCAUCUCCGUCUCUCUUGCUCUUUCCUACCCAACGCUUGCCGCUCUCCCUCACGUUCUCAUCAAUGCCUACAAGAACAUCCUCUCCGUUGCAAUUGCCACGGACUACUCUUUCCCAGAAGCUGACAAGAUCAAAGAGUACCUAAAGGAUCCGAGCAAAUUUGCUGCUGCAGCCCCAGUAAAAGCUGCUGCUGCUGGCGGUGAAUUUUCAACUGCUACGGCCGAAGAGGAGAAGAAAGAAGAAUUUGAGGAAUCCGAAGAGGAAGGUGGCCUUAGUGGAUUGUUUGACUGAUGAUGAGAUCCCAAUGAGAAACAUUUUGUCAUUUUGUUUGCUAUUAGGAUUGCAUACAAGGAUCCUCUAUGAUGUUGGUUUAGUUCCAAAUUAAAACAAGUCGUUAUCUACCUAGGACGAGCAAAAAAAAAUAUUGAACUCACUUCCUUUUCCUGAUCCUAGAUGAUUUUUAACAUACAUUACUAUUCCUCGAAUAGUAUUUGUAUUCUGAUUAUGUUAAGGAGAGUAUGGUUCUCAAUCCAACUGUUGACACUUGUUUGCUAGCUAGCUACAAGGAAUUCAGG